AAGCUGCCCCCUUUGUACCUACCGGGAUUGCUCACAAAUCCGUACCUGAACAGCAAUGGACGCACCACUCACCCUCAAGCCAGCUGAAGUCGCUGCUGCCCUCGUUGAGGCUGCAAUAAUAAAACAUAACACGCGAUGGGACAAGACCUUCUUUAAGGCAUGUCUUGCUGGCAUUAUGCUCUCUUUUGGUGGUCUCUUUGAUAUUAUCAUCUCGGGUGGUUCCCCAUCGUUAUCAGCUGCAAACCCUGGAAUUGUCAAGGUCCUUGGGGGGUUUGUGUUCCCCGUUGGACUCGUAAUGAUCGUCCUUCAAGGGUUUGAUCUGCUAACGAGUAACUUGAUGAUCUUCCCUAUGGCUGUUGUUAAGGGUGCUCUUCCUUGGUGGAGUAUCCCCGUCAACUGGAUUAUCGUAACGUUCGGGAACCUUGUGGGCAGUCUUUUCUUCGCGGCCAUUCUCGUCAAAUACACCGGACUCGUCGCAGACGCUCCAUAUGACACUUACAUCAAGUCCUUUGCCAUAACCAAGGCUGUAACUCCUGAGUGGUACCAAAUUUUCCUUCGAGGCAUUGGAUGCAACUGGCUCGUCUGUAUUGCCGUUUGGCAAGCAACAGGAGCCAAAGAGACAUACUCCAAGAUCAUUGCUAUCUGGUUCCCCAUCUGGAUUUUUGUGGCUUGCGGAUAUGAUCACGUUGUUGCAAACAUGUUCUCGCUUCCAUUGAGCAUCAUGAUGCACGCUGAUUUGACUACUGCCGAGUACAUUCGCAAGUCUUUGAUUGCAUCGUACAUAGGUAACAUUAUUGGAGGCCUCUUCGUGGGUAUGCCAGCAGUGUAUUUCUAUUUGGGUGACUGGAAAGCAGGCGGCCUGCGCGAUGCCGAAGAAGCUCGCAACGGUGCAGAUGCUGACAGCAGUGACAAUGGCAAGGUGUAGAGGAUGUGAUAUUACUUCUUGUAUGUCUGUUCUAUUUACGUGUACUAUCCUGCUUUCGCAAUGAUAUCCUAUUAAUUCUGCGAUGACUUACAAAUGGAUUGAUAAUGGCUAGUCCAAAGAUAGAGCUGACAAACUGAAACGGCGCGAAGUUCUACUUCAAGACUUGACCUUGUUCCUGAUCUUUUGUUCAUACAAACUUAACUGCCAAAGAAACCCACGAUUAGGAUCGACGAUACUUCUUCUCGCCUUCACCAAGGCCAGGGCGCCGUCUGCAGUCAUGCCCCUGGUUCCCAUGAGAUAAGCCACGGCGAAACUGGCACUACGACUCAUACCCCACACGCAGUGCAGCAGGACCUUCGCAUCGGGUGAACUUUCGAGCGCUCUCUUUAUCCACGCCGUGGUACUGUCAAAAUAGGCCAUGAUAUUGGUCGAUUUUGUGUCGUCAAUGGGUAUGCAAAGAUGGCGCAUGGAAGGGGGGUAAUGGUACCAUGGGGCUCGCAUCACAGAUACGACGUGCGUUAUCCCUAGGCGGUUGAGGACUAAGGGGGAGGUUGCUGUGUAUAUGUCACUAAGGUACAGGCCAGGGAAAAUCUCGCUGGCCUGUGGAAGGAAGUCUUCCCAGGGGAAUUUUUGGGUGCAAACUAUACGCAACUCGCGUCGUUCAAAGUAGUCUUCAUCCAUAGUCAAAGAUUUGGUUACAACUGGAGGAGAUGGGAAUGCACUAAACGACCUGCUGGUUGAGAUGCAUUUUGAGUUAGUGUCUGGCGCUAAUCCCUUAUCAUUGAUACCAGGUACGAAACCGGUAUUCAAAGUAAAUGAGAGAGAGUCUAUCAUGGCGAUUCUU